AGCACAUGCGUAGUGACGGGCUGGGCUAGGCCAAGCCGAGCUGGGCAGGCCUCGGGCUUCAGGCUUGGCGAUGGCAGCCAGCACUCCGGCCGCGGAGAGCGGCUCCUCCCGCCGCUGCCUCGCCACCCAGUACUUUAACGAGGAGGAGAAUAAUGCGAUUGAGAGCCUGACUACCAGUGAGCGGGUGGUGGAUCUGUUGAAUCAAGCUGCACUGAUUGUCACUGACAACAAGAUCAGUGUUCUCAAACAGGUUCAGGAGCUAAUUUUGAAUAAGGAUCCGACGCUUCUUGACAACUUUCUGGAUGAAAUCAUUGCAUUUCAGUCAGAUAAAUCCAUCGAUGUUCGUAAAUUUGUCAUUGGAUUCAUGGAGGAGGCAUGUAAGCGGGAUAAUGAGCUGCUGCCUAAGCUAAUUGCAAACCUCAACAUGCUGCUAAAGGAUGAGAAUGUCAACGUAGUGAAGAAGGUUAUAUUGACCAUGACACAGUUAUACAAGGUGGCUCUCCAGUGGAUGGUGAAGUCCAAGGUUAUCAAUGAAGUCAAGGAGGCGUGCUGGGACAUGGUUAGUAACAUGCAGGAUGAUAUUGUCUUGAUGCUGGACUCUGACAACGAUGGAAUCCGCACUCACGCCAUCAAGUUCAUCGAAAGUUUGAUUAUCACGCUGUCGCCUCGCACCCCGGAUUCAGAUGUCCCCAAACGGCAGGAGAAUGAUAUCAGCUUGGACCGCAUCGUGAAGGAUCACUCUUACAUCAAUGCCAGCAGUCUUCAGCAAGAAGGUAAAAUGGCACUGGAUCAACUCCUGAAGUUCAUGGUGCAUCCCGCCAUUUCCAGCAUCAACCUGACUGUUGCGUUGGGCUCCUUGGCAACCAUCGCCAGGCAACGCCCUAUGUACAUGUCUGAGGUCAUCCAGGCCUACGAGACCCUUCACGCGAACCUGCCUCCGACCCUGGCCAAGUCGCAGGUCAGCAGUGUGCGGAAGAACUUGAAGCUGCACUUGCUGAGCGUGCUGAAGCACCCGUCCUCUGUGGAAUUCCAUGCCCAGAUCACCACGCUGCUCCUGGACCUGGGCACGCAGCAGCAGGAGAUUGCCCGGAACAUGCCCAACCUGAAGGACAUGAGGAAACGGCGGGGAGAGGACACUGAUCAGGGCUUGAAGAAAAUCAAAAUAGAGCCGUUAGGUGAGGAUGAUGAAGACAAGGACCUUGAACAAGCGGCAGCUUCCACUUCUAAACCAUCAUCAUCCCAGAGUACACAGUCCGCCAUUGAUGUCACAGCUCAGUUUCUAAUGCCGCUACUUUCACCAGAGAAUGUAGCGAAUCUGGUUUUGAUCAGCAUGGUGUACCUUCCAGAUGUGAUGCCAGCCUCCUUCCAGGCCACCUACACACCGGUUGAAUCAGCAGGGACAGAUGCCCAGAUAAAACACUUAGCCCGGCUCAUGGCCACGCAGAUGACGUCAGCAGGUCUCGGGCCAGGUGUUGACCAGAUGAAGCUCCAAUCUGAUGAGGACCUGAAGCAAGGGAAAGAUGUGAAAAGUGAGGGGCUAGUUAUCAAGCGGCGUUACUCCAUGAUGCGGCACGGCCAAGCCAUCUCUGUUGUCGGAGCACCCUUUACUCAGCCCACCAAAGAGGAGGAGAUGCAAGCAAAGCGGCGAGUGGAACCCAUUUUGCAGUCUAGUCAGUCAAGGCCGGGGCAGAGUGGGCGGAAGAAGGUUUUCCGCCUGGGAGACGUUGUCCAGCAGCUGCCUGCGGAUAAGAUCGACAAGCUGAAGCUCGGAGCCGUGCAACGCAUCCUUAAAGCGGAGAAAGCAGUCGCGCGAGGUGGAGCUGGAGCGAUUCGUGUGAAGAUUCUUGCCCGUCUCGUGACGCAAUUUGAUGGGAAGUUGAAAGGCAAGAUGAUGGAUUUCAUCCUGGAGGAUAUCCGGAACCGUGUGGACCUUGCGUUUGCCUGGCUGUACCAGGAGUACAACCUGUACCUGGACAAGUGGCCCAAUGGCAAUCUGGAGAAUUACGAUGAAUGUUUGACCAGCUUACUGUCUGGGCUGCAGGAGAAACCAGACCAGAAAGACGGGCUGUUUACCAAGCUGGUUCUGGAAGCUCCGUGUAUAACUGACAGUGCGUUAGAGGUGAUCCGCAGGUACUGCGAGGAUAAGACUCGCAUCUACCUUGGAAUGUCAACACUAAGGGAUCUGAUCUUUAAGAGGCCUUCAAAGCAGCUGCAGUACCUCCAUGUGCUGCUUGAUUUGAGCUCUCAUGAGAAGGAUAAGGUCCGCUCCCAGGCACUGAUGUUUAUCAAAAGAAUGUACGACAAGGAGCAGCUACGUGACUACAUUGAGAAGUUUGCCCUGAAUUACUUGCAGCUGCUAGUUCAUCCCAACCCACCCUCCAUCCUCUUCGGGGCUGACAAGGAUACAGAGGUGGCAGCCCCUUGGACGGAGGAGAUGGUGAAACAGUGUCUCUACCUGUACCUUGCUCUGCUUCCCCAGAACCACAAACUUAUUCAUGAACUUGCUGCCGUCUACACCGAGGCCAUCGCUGACAUUAAGCGCACGGUGUUGCGUGUCAUCGAGCAGCCGAUCCGAGGGAUGGGAAUGAACUCACCUGAGCUGCUUCUGUUAGUGGAGAACUGUCCAAAAGGAGCAGAAACCCUUGUGACUCGUUGCCUGCACAUUUUGACAGACAAAGUUCCACCAUCACCUGAGCUAGUGAAACGAGUCCGCGAUCUCUACCACAAGAGGGUCCCAGAUGUCCGCUUCCUAAUCCCCGUGCUUAAUGGCCUCGAGAAGAAAGAAGUAACCCAGGCCCUGCCCAAAUUGAUUAAACUCAAUCCCAUUGUGGUGAAGGAGGUGUUUAACCGGCUCCUGGGGACCACGCAUGUAGGUGAAGGUGUGUCAGCAGCAAUUUCCCCUCUAACCCCAGGUGACCUGCUGAUAGCUCUGCACAACAUUGACUCCACCAAAUGUGACAUGAAGUCCAUAAUUAAAGCUACGAACCUGUGCUUCGCGGAGAGGAAUGUGUACACGUCAGAGGUUCUUGCUGUUGUGAUGCAGCAGCUGAUGGAACAGAGCCCACUCCCCAUGCUGCUGAUGCGAACAGUCAUUCAGUCGCUUACAAUGUACCCCCGGCUCGGGGGCUUUGUCAUGAACAUCCUGUCUCGGCUGAUAAUGAAACAGGUUUGGAAAUACCCCAAGGUCUGGGAAGGCUUCAUUAAGUGUUGCCAGCGAACGAAACCUCAGUCCUUCCAGGUGCUCCUGCAGCUCCCACCUGCUCAACUCGCCAAUGUUUUCGAGAAGUGUCCAGAGCUUCGCGAGCCACUCUUGACACACGUGCGUUCUUUCACACCCCACCAGCAAAAUCACAUUCCUAAGUCAAUAAUGACUGUGCUGGAGGCCAACUUGAAGCCAGAUGCAGAGACUGUUGAGCAAAAGCCAGCGGGUGAGGAGGAAGUGCAGCAUCUGACCAUUGCUCACACCCAGAAGGAUCUGAUCACCAUGCGGCUGGCACAGGAGAAAGCUUUGAAGAGAAAACUGGAGGAGGAACAGAAACUCAAGCAGCAGCAACUAGCUGCACAGCUGCACCCACUACAGAGCACGCCGGCUCCUCCAAGUCUGACUGCCCCUGUGCCCCCAAUCCAGACUGCCGUGGCUCCUCAGAAUCAGAUUGUCGCCACCCCCUCAGUCCAAUCUGCCCCGGCCCCUCCAAACCUGGUAGUCCCGGCGCCUCCAGUCCAGACCACCCCUGCACCCCCGAGCCUGAUCACCCCAGCCCCUCCGAGCCUGAUCGCCCCGUCUCCCGCAGUCAAAACCAUCCCGGCUCCUCCCAGCCUGAUCGCCCCGGGCCCUUCCAGCCAGGCUGCCUCCAAGUCUCCCACCCAGGCCGCCUUGGCACCACCCAGCCAGGCAGUCCUAAGCCAAACGACCACUGCCGUGGUUGUGGAGCCAAAGGACGAGCCGAUGGAAACCAGCAGCAGCGUUCCUGACCCGACUGCAAACAGAGAGACAGAGAAUCCAACAAUCAUCAUCGAUGUGAAGGAAGAGGAGGAGGGACCGAUGGCUUUGGAUGAGACGUCCCAUGGGAUGGUUGUCAUGGAUACUGACUCUGCCCCCAGGGAACACGCCAGUCAGCACUCAACCCCGGCAAAGGGAUUCCCCGCUGACUUGGGAGUUUUGCCUGAAUUUGUUCCCAAUAUCUCCAUUGGUGUUACAGAGGGGGCCCAGCACUGUCCUAGCACAGAAGUGGAGCCUAGAGCCUGCACUGAAACACUGACAACCUCUCUCAGGUCAGACUGGCCUGAAACCCAGGAAUAUAUUGCACAAAACUAA